GGGGGCAGGGGCGGUGCUGCGCAGGCCGGUGCCGGGCGGGUGCCCUCGCCGGUGGGGCGGGCGGGAAGGAGGGGGAAAGUCCGCGCGGAGCCGGGAGGCGGCACGCCGCGUUACAUGGCGCGGCGCUGAGGGACCGCCGGCGGCACUGCACGACGAGGAGGAGGCGCCGCCAGCUCUGCCCCGGACUUAAAAUGGCAGCAGAAGAUUCCUAUAUUAUGGGAGUAUCUGAUCCCCAAAUGUUUGCGGUGGAUCAGUUCAUGGGAAUGAAUGCUUUAUUUAACAGUACAAAUUACAUCACUGCAGACUUACCACUACGAACAGCAGAUGGACCAUAUCUUCAAAUCAUAGAACAGCCAAAACAGAGGGGAUUUCGUUUCCGAUACGUAUGUGAAGGGCCUUCUCACGGUGGACUUCCUGGUGCUUCUAGUGAAAAGAACAAAAAAUCCUACCCUCAGGUCAAAAUCUGCAAUUAUGUUGGACCUGCAAAAGUAAUUGUGCAGUUAGUAACGAAUGGGAAAUACGUCCACUUACACGCUCACAGCUUGGUGGGUAAAUUCUGCGAGGACGGAGUGUGCACGGUUCUCGCAGGACCCAAGGACAUGGUUGUAGGGUUUGCAAAUCUUGGAAUACUUCAUGUCACGAAGAAGAAAGUGUUUGAAACUCUGGAAACACGCAUGAUAGACGCUUGCAAGAAGGGAUACAACCCAGGACUCCUGGUGCAUCCAGAACUCGGCUAUCUGCAGGCAGAAGGAUGUGAAGACAGGCAGCUAACUGAGCGGGAAAGAGAAAUCAUCCGCCAGGCAGCCAUUCAGCAGACCAAGGAGAUGGAUCUGAGCGUGGUGCGGCUCAUGUUCACAGCCUUCCUUCCCGACAGCAACGGCAGCUUCACACGCAAGCUUGAUCCCGUUGUAUCAGAUGCAAUAUAUGACAGCAAAGCUCCCAAUGCAUCCAACCUAAAAAUCGUAAGAAUGGACAGAACAGCAGGGUGUGUGACAGGAGGGGAAGAGAUUUACCUGCUCUGUGACAAGGUUCAGAAAGAUGAUAUUCAGAUACGUUUCUAUGAAGAGGAUGAGAAUGGUGGUCUGUGGGAAGGCUUUGGAGAUUUUUCUCCUACGGAUGUACAUAGACAGUUUGCUAUUGUGUUCAAAACACCCAAAUACCGAGACGUGAAUAUCACAAAGCCAGCAUCUGUAUUUGUACAACUGCGUCGGAAAUCUGAUCUAGAAACAAGCGAACCAAAGCCUUUUCUCUACUAUCCAGAAAUCAAAGAUAAAGAAGAAGUGCAAAGGAAACGACAGAAGCUCAUGCCGAACUUCUCUGAUGGCUAUGGUGGCGGCAGCGGCACCGGAGGUGGUGGCAUGUAUGGAGGGGCAGGUGGUGGUGCUGGCUCUGGGUUCAGUUUUCCUUCAUAUGGAUACUCUGCUUUCGGAGGGAUGCAUUUCCCUGGCACAACAAAGUCCAAUGCUGGCAUGAAACAUGAAGGUCUAUCAAAUUGCACAGCUGAACAAGACAGAAAGAGCUGUGAUAAACAAAAUGACCCAUGGGACACGAAAUGCGAUGUGAAGGUGGAAGCAGUGGAGAGCGCUGAGUGCAGAACGUCUCCUGCUCACGAGAAAAAGGAGGAUUCUGGUUUUUCCUGUAAGGCUGAAGGAAGUGAAGCAGAUUGCAGGCGGCAGGAUGCUCUGUUCCUGGAGAAGGCCAUGCAGCUUGCCAGGCGCCACUGCAACGCUCUCUUCGAUUACGCCGUCACUGGAGACGUGAAGAUGCUGCUGGCAGCUCAGCGCCAUCUCACCGCUGUCCAGGAUGAUAAUGGGGACAAUGUCCUUCAUUUAGCAAUUAUCCACCUUCAUACUGAGCUGGUGAAAAACCUCUUGGAAGUGAUGCCCAGUUUGAAUUACAAUGACAUCAUUAACAUGAGAAAUGACCUCUAUCAGACCCCUCUGCACCUGGCAGUAAUCACAAAGCAGGCAAAGGUGGUGGAAGACUUGCUGAAGGCUGGAGCAGAUGUCAGCCUUCUGGAUCGCCACGGCAAUUCUGUCUUACAUUUAGCUGCUACUGAAGGAGAUGACAAGAUUUUGAGUCUACUCCUCAGGCAUGAGAAGGUGUCUCCCAUGGUCAACCUCCCCAAUGCUGAAGGUCUCAGUGCAAUUCACAUGGUGGUGAUGGCAAAUAGCAUGUCCUGCCUCAAACAGCUGAUUGCUGCUGGAGUUAACAUCAAUGCUCAGGAACAAAAAUCUGGACGAACUGCAUUGCACUUGGCUGUUGAACAAGAGAACAUCCCCUUGGCAGGCUGCCUUUUGCUUGAGGGUGAUGCAGAUGUGGACAGCACUACAUAUGAUGGGACAACUCCACUUCACAUAGCAGCUGGAAGGGGCUCAACAAAAUUGGCAGCAGUUCUCAAAGCAGCAGGUGCCAAUCCUCACAUUGAGAACUUUGAGCCAUUGUUUGAUCUAGAUUAUGUGAAAGACGACGAAGAUGAUGACGAAGGGAUUGUGCCUGGAACAACACCACUGGAUAUGGCAGCCAACUCUGAGGUGUAUGACAUAUUAAAUGGCAAACCCUAUGAGUCAGCAGAGGUUCUGGAGGACUUAUUCACACAAGGACAUUUGAGAGAGCUGAAUGAGAAUUCCAAGAUGCAGCUUUACAAACUAUUGGAAUUGCCUGAUCCAACCAAAAACUGGUCCACCCUAGCACAAAAACUGGGUCUUGGCAUACUCAAUAAUGCCUUCAGGUUGAGCCCUUCCCCAUCGAAGACUCUGCUGGAUAACUAUGAGGUGUCUGGUGGUACAGUUCAAGAGCUGAUCACUGCUUUGAGACAGAUGGAUCACACAGAAGCCAUAGAAAUAAUUCAGGAAGCACUGUCCAUCUCACGCAGACCGUCUCCCCUGGAGGACAGCACAGCAAAAGCUCUUCCAUUAUCAUCACCGCUCACCUUUGCAAAUGGAGAGACAGGUGAGGUCUAUAACAGCAGAUUCCAAGACCCUGAAAGUACGUGUGACAGUGGUGUGGAGACCUCCUUCCGCAAGCUGAGCUUCACUUACUCAGACUCUCUGAGCAGCAAGUCCUCACUAACACUUGGCAAAAUGGCCCUGGGCUAUGGACAUGAAAGUUCAGGGGAAAGCAAUUACAUAGCUGACUAGUGAUCUUCAAUUGGCAAUAUGCAAUUACAGGAACAAAUGGGACAUUUCAAACUACGUCAGUGUCAUCCUGGCCACAGGGAAGGGAACUCAUAACCAAAAGUGCACUGGAAGAAUCCCACCUGAACCUGAACAAAUGGCAACUGCAGCAUGUGACUCCUAGCCACUGCUUCCUUCCUCAAGUCCAUUUAAUUGUAUUCAUUUUCAAGCCAUUUACAACAGCCAGGGCUCCACUGCUGCAUUAAUACACAGGUCUGGAUGCUGUGAAAGACUGACUGAGCUUCCCUGGUCUGUGAGGAUUUUCCUUUUACAGAGCAAAAGGAGUUGUUAUGCAUAAUACAAACUUACUGAAGAGGUUAAGCACACAAGCAAUCAGAGGAUACAGUUUCUAGCUGCUCUCUUCAUAAUUUUUGCAGCACAGUUGCAUGCAAACAGCUUAUAAAAUAGCUGGCAAAGAAAAAUCAUUACUUUAAUCACAACAGUGACAACUUGGCAAAAAAAGAGAAUCCUGAAAGAAUCUUGUAUAUUUCAAAUAAUGUAUUUAAACUUAACUUUGGUGCCUCUUAUUCAGAAAUUUUUCAAGUUUGACAUUUUCCUACUUGUAAAUAGUUUUUUUAUAUCUGUUCCUUUUUGAAAAAGCGUGCUUUUUAAAUGCUUAUUUUUAUUUUACUUUUAUAAUAAAAGCCCCAAAAUUAACGCUCCUGUUUGUGCCUGCUGUGAUUUUUACAUUACUUUUCAAGAAGUGGUAUUGAAGAUUUAGCAUCUCCAUUUUAGGCAUUGAUACAAGAUCAUGCUGAUUUCCAAGCACUAAAAUGAAAGGUUGCAAGCCACCUGUCUUAAAGCUGAAGUGUCUUUCAGGGAGGGACAGGACCAUCAGCUCCUGCUGAGCAGCUGUGCUUUGGGAUUAAAGCCUCUUCCUUAUUUUAGUUCUCAUCAUUAUGGCAGCAGAGAAUCAUUUACACUGAAACCCACUAUUUAGUGUCUCAGCAAAUUUCUGAUGAGACAGCUCUCCUUUGGGCUGUCUAGAAUCUGCUGUAGUAACUGUGCUCAUGAACAGUGUUUCUUCUUGUCUGACAUCAAUUCUGAAAUGGUGAGUGUCCUGUUAUUGAUGUUGGCCCAACUAAACAGAACAGGCCUCAGAGUUCAUGAUAAAAAUCCAAGAGGGUAAUUGUACCAUUGUCACUUACUUCUAGUCAACUAUUGUGGCACAAAGAUGGAGCAUUGAGAGGGUGGUUCUUGGCUCAGCUCAGUCUUCAGUAACCUGGGUGUCACUCCUGAGAAAAUGAAUCAAAAUAAACCUUGAAAAGGUUAUGUUUAGAGUGGUAGUUGCUGUAAUGAAUUAAACUAUGAGUAAUGAAAAAAACUUGUGAAUUAAUUUUAUAAUCCAGCUGAAUUACUGAGAAUGUUAAUUACUUCCAGGGAAGAGUAGCAGAAGUGCCAUUCUUUCUUUCAGUUCUUGUAUGUAUAAUCAUCUAGGCAGUGUCUAAGACAUAUAGAUUUUUGUUGAAUUAAUGUACUCCUCCAGUGUUGUCUUUGUAUUCCAGCUCUAAUAGAAACAGACAAUGGGUCUCAUAUUCCAGGAGUGGAGGGGCUCUUUGAGCUCCAGGAGAGCUGCUGUUCAAGUUAAACACACCUUCUGCUUUCAGAGAAUUUUCAGCACAGCUCAGGGGGCGGGCAGAGAUUUUUACUGAGGUUUCUGCAAUCCCGCAGGUCACCAGGGCACCCUGGCUGUUAUGCACACCUUUUAGCUUUAGUUCUGACCAGCUCUGCUUUUAAAUCACCAGGAGACACCUGGAUCUGUAUUUCCUUAAAGCAGUUUGUGACCAGAUUUUGCAUAAUAGCUGUUUAUCAGGUUAGUGAUCAUGCACAGCAGGUCCCAUAGGCCCUCGGCAGUGCUUUAAAUGGCAGUCUGUCAGUUUCUCAGUUUCAGUGUAUUUCAUUAAAAAGGCUUUAAUAUUUUUUUUUUCCCCUCUGUUUAGAGAUAGAAAAACACUACUGCGUGUGUCAUCCUACACCUGGUUUGUAAAGAGAAACCUCCAAACUUAAUCUGUAUGAGCAGUGGAAUAGAGCUUGCUCUGUUAUUCUGCUACUCCGCUGCAGUAAUAAACAUCAGAAACUUGUGGAAAGCAGCAAAAGUUGUGACAACAGAUCUCUUCAGAUGUUCUCUACAUUUGAUAUAAAAUAAAUGCCCUUGAUUUUAGAUUGGCUGCUACAGCUGUACGUUUCCUGGCAUCAUCUUGGCACGUAUGUACAAACUUUGAAAGCACUGGAAGUUCUAGGCAGCAUUCUGAGAUUCUGUGGACUGCGGGAAGGAUAAGGAUCUUACCUACAUGCAGUGGUGUAAGAACUGUUUUUUCUCCCUUGCCUGCAAAGUAAAACGCUUCUUUCAUGCAUUUAAGAAAAGAGAGCCACUCUCCUUGCUUCCCCCAAGCAAAGUGACAGGAAUGGUGGUGCCCAUUUGCUAGCUCAUGGUGCAGUG